UGUGGAGGAGGAGGGAGGAGGCAAAUCAGGUAGAUUUAGUUUCCAGUCAGUGGAGUUGGAGCUCAGAACAAAUGGAGCUCUGACAGAAGAGGACCAGGAGGACGAGGAUUUAUGGAUUAAAGUGAAGAAGAAGCAGAGACUGAAUGUUUGACCUCCUCAGUAAUCAGAUUACCCAGAACCCACCUGAAGACACAAAGACAGGUGGACAGAAUCACACGGACAGGCUGAUCAGCAGGAGUAUCGUAGCACACACAGAACGUCAGAAAAAUACAGUGAACUACUUUCUCCAUCCAGCUGUGAGGAGAACAUCCAGAGAACAACAUCACACCAGAACGUCUCCACUAGAACCAGGUGGAACCAGGACCUGGAAAAUGUGAGUCCUGAAGCCACCAGAACCUUUGAGGUGUUCUCCAGAGAAGGGGAGACCAACACAACCCCUCCAGCAAAGAGCAGCUGAAGAAAACAGAGAAGAUGUAAGAAGACAUGAGCAGAAAUGAGUGGACUCUGGUUCCUCCAUGAGGAGGACUGAAGGAGAACUUCUGAAGGAGAACUUCUGAAGGACUGGAGGAACCAAAGAACCUCAGGAACCAUGGACUCACUGUCUCAGGUGGGCAGGACAUUUGAUGAUUAACAGCUGAUGACUGAGAGGAAAACCUCAGGUGUUAACAACCGCCUGGUCUCCAUGACAAUUGCACAACGAGCGGCUGGUUACCGUGGCAGCCACCUGUCUGAAGGACUGGCCGACCUGAACCUGUAAAGAUGUGGGAGAUGACUUUUACUUCUGUCUGACCGUCCACCAUGUCUGUCCACCUGAUCAUCUUCAUCCUCCUCGUCUUCCUGCCACCAGCCAGCAGCCAGCUGGACGUCUGUCGGUCUCUGCGCAGCUCGGAGGCGGGGCCAGGCUGGGAGUUCUACGCCUGUCAGCCGCCGCCCACUAACAUGAAGGAGGGAAUGCAGAUCAGAGUGGACCCCCCUGGGAUCACCUGUGGAAACCCACCUGAGAGAUUCUGCACACUGGAGAACCCGUACCUGUGCAGCGAUGAGUGCGACGCCUCCAGCCCUGACCUGUCUCACCCUCCUCAGCUGAUGGGCGACAGGGAGAGGGGUGGGCUCAUCACCUAUUGGCAGACGGUCACCUGGUCCAGGUAUCCUGAGCCUCUAUUGGCCAACAUCACCCUGUCGUGGAACAAGAGUCUGGAGGUGGUGGACGACAUCGUGGUCACCUUCGAGUACGGCCGACCAACCAGCAUGGUGCUGGAGAAAUCCCUGGACAAAGGAGUAACUUGGCAGCCGUAUCAGUACUACGCUGAUGACUGUCUCGAGGCCUUCGGCAUGUCGCCUAAACGGGUCUCGGACUUGGCACCGAGUAACUUAACCCGGGUCAUCUGCACCGAGCAGUACUCCCGCUGGGUCGGAGCCAAGGAGGAGAAGGUGGUGGUGUUCGAGGUGCGCGCUCGGUUUGUGGUGUUUGCUGGUCCGAAGCUGAUCAACAUGGACGCCCUGUACACCCGGAUGGAGACCGUGAAGGGGCUCCGAGACUUUUUCACCUUCACCAACCUCCGGCUGAGACUCCUCCGCCCAGCGCUGGGAGGAACCUAUGUCCAGAGAGACAACCUGCUCAAGUACUUCUACGCCAUUUCGAACAUCGACGUACCUGCCAGGUGUAAGUGUAACCUGCAUGCGUCUCAGUGUGUGCUGCGUGAUGCAACGCUGCAGUGCGAAUGCGACCACAACACGAGUGGACAGGACUGCCAGCGCUGCAGUCAGGGCUUCAAAUCCCGCAGCUGGAGACCAGGAUCAUACCUGCCACUGCCCAAAGGCUCCGGCAACCCUUGUGAAGCAGAAGAAACUGCAUCCACGGCUGGUGACUCAGCAUCAUCUGAUAGACCCUCUGCCUCAUCAGAUGGAGUCACUGACACUACCACUACUACUACUACUGUUGCUACGACUACCACUACUACUACUACUGACACUGCCAUCACCGCUGACAGUAUUGCUUACAGACCAACUACUACUACUGAUAGUAUUACUACAGAAAGUAGUAUUGACACUACCACUGCUGCGGACAGUACUACUACCAUUACUGACUGUACUACUACCACUACUGAUACUACUCUUACUGACAGCACUAUUGACAUUACUACCACUAUAGACAGUACUGCUAGUGACAAUACUACUACUACAGGCAAUAUCCCAACUGACAGUACUAUUACUAGUGCUGACUGUGCUACUUCCAUUUCUGACAGUACUACUACAAUUGAUACUACUAUUUCCACUACUGACAGCACAAUUUAUGACCCUAUCAGUACUUCAGAUAGUGCUAUGACUACUUUGAUCUACCUGAUGACUACUGAUAAAAGCACAGGGCGUUCUCCUACAUUUUCAGAUACAGUCAGUACUUCUACUGCAUGGAGUACAACUACUGCAGAAAUAAGUACUACUAUUGACACUACUACUGUAUUUGACACUACCAGUACAUCCAUAACUGACUUUACUAGUACUAGUAACGAUGAUGACUUCCCCAGAGCUGGCAUAGACUCUAUCACAACAUUCCCCACUGCAGAGUUUACUUCUGUCAGUAGUACUACUACUACUGCAGGUUCAGAUACAUUUCCAGACUCGCACAGUACAGCAGGACCUACAGUGGACACAGCUCCAUUCAACAGUCCAGCUCUGGACAUUGGAGACACUGUCACUAUAGCUGACACCACCAUUCCCAGUACCACCAUUAGUACCUCCAGUCCCACCAGUAACCACCCCACUGACUCUGAGGUGUCUAUUUCUGACCCGGUGACUCCACCCUCUGACUCCACCUCUGGGACUGUUAAUACCAACCUGGUGACCAUUACUGUUCCACCUUCUACUGGUGCAGCAUCAUCAACUGGAGUGUCUUCUCCGGCAAUAGGCCUAACCAGUGACCAAGCUCCAGCUGAAGAUACUCCACCCACGGGGCCAGCCCCUACCAGUCAGGCUGGAGAUGCUCCACCUACAGCAGGAGCUGAUACAACGGUGGUUCCUCCAGACACUCUCCUAGAUGUACCUCCCAAAAACAUACCACUGAUAGUACCAUUUCCGGAUAUGCCGCUUCCUGAAGAAGCUCCUCCUGUUCUGCCAUCUCCUGAUGCACCACCUCCAGAUAUGCCUCCUCCUGAUGAAGCUCCUCCUGUUCUACCAUCCCUCAAUAUCCCAUCUCCAGAUAUGCCUUUUCCUGACGUUCUUCUUGUUCUACCAACCUCUGGUGUACCGCCUCCAGAUGACUCUCCUCCUGAUGAAGUUUCUCUUGUUCCACCAACCCCUGGUGUGCCACCUCUGGAUACACUUCCUCCCGAUGUACCUCUUACAGAUGUACCAGUUGAUAUACCACCUCCUGAUGUACCUUCCCCUGAUGAAGUUCCUCCUGAUGUACCUUCCCCCGAUGAAGCUCCUCCUGAUGUACCUUCCCCUGAUGAAGCUCCUCCUGAUAUAUCUUCCCCUGAUGUACUACCUCCUGAAGUGCCUCUUCCUGAUAUACCUCUGGAAGUACAACCUAGUGAUAUACCUCCUCCUGAUGUAUCUCUGCCUGAUCUACCUUCACCUGAUGACCUUCCUCCAGAUGCAUCUCUGGCUCUAUCUCCUGAUGUAACCCUUCCUGGUCUACCUUCUUCAGAUAUCCCUCCAGAAGUGCCAUCCUCUAGGAAUCCAGACACUUCAAUAGAUGUACCUCCUCCUGAUCCACCUUCUUCAGAUAUUUCACCAGAACUGUCAUCCUCUAGGACUCCAGAACCCUCAAUAGAUGUAGCACCUCCUGAUGUAGCUCCUCCAGAUGUACCUCCAGAAGUGGCAUCUUCUAGAACUCCAGACAUACCUCCCCCUGAUGGAGAAUCUCCUGAAGUAUCCCCUUCUGACGCUUCCCGUCCAGCUCCAGAUGGUCCUGUAGAGUCUGUGUUGCCUCCCUUUGAAGAGGACCUUCCUGGUCCUGCAAUAGACACAGAGUCCAUUCCCUCAAAUCCAUCUGACCCAGCUGGUGAUUUGGCACUUGUGGAAUUCACCUUCCCUGAUCCAGAUAAUCUAAAUUCUGUUGAAUCUGGACAAGAUUCAGAAUCCGAUUCUGGAACAGCGCUGGUUGGCAAACUUAGGACUAUUUCAAUUGAUUUCCAUGGACCUGUUGAUGCUCCUGGAUCAAAAUCCAGUGACCCUGGACUGGAUCCUAGCUCAGCAGAGCAGGACACAGUACAAACAGGGAAUGGGGAACCAGAGUCAACUACUAGAGAUUCUUCUGUGCCAGAUCCCUCUUCAGUUGCUGAGAAUCCUGGUCUGGAUUCUUCAGGAUUCCAGCAGAAAGUAAAGUCUUCUGAGGAGGAAUCAGUUGCACCAUCAGGAGGUUCAGAGUCUGAGGAAAAGAAAGACUCUGAACAAGAGUUGACAGAUGAGCAAAACAGAGAGGAAGUAGUCACUGAGGCCAGAGAAGAAACCAAAGACAAAUCUGAACAGGAAGGAGAGAAGGAGAAAGAAGACAAAGGCUACGAGAAGAAAGCGACCCAGAAGAUUCUGAUUCCAGGAGGACCAAAGUUCAGUCAGUUGUCCAAAAUCGCCUAUGUCUCCUUCCAGGACUGUGAGUGUAACGGUCACUCCAACCGCUGCAGCUACAUCGACUUCAUCAACGUGGUCACGUGUGUGAGCUGCAAACACAACACACGAGGACAGAACUGCCAGUACUGCCGCCUCAGUUACUAUAGAAAUGCCUCGCUGGCACUGGACGAUGAGAAUGUGUGUGUUGAGUGUCAGUGUGAUCCAGAAGGCAGUUCGUCUCCUCACUGCUCUGACUCGGGUUUCUGUAGCUGUAAAGUUGGAGCCACAGGGAGGCGCUGUGAUGACUGUUUACCUGGAUACACCAGGAGAGGAGGCGGGGCCGGCUGCACAGUGAACAUGUGUGACAACGAGCGUUUGGUUUGUCGGAAUGGAGGAACCUGUGUGGACUUCCAGCGCUGCAUCUGUCCAGACAGCUUCACAGGUGCGUUCUGCGAGCAGACCGUCUGUCUGAAGAAAACCGCUUGCCUUGACAAUGCUGAGGGCUCCUCCUCCCCUCUGACGUCACACCUGUACCUUCUGACCUUCAGUCUGAUCGCCUCCACCUUCUGCUGACCUCAGCAUGAGGCCACACCCACCGUGACAUCACAGAGAAAUCUUUACUGUUUAUUGUUUACUGAACUGCUACUGUAAUACGUGACAUCACAGUCUGACAUCAGGUCACUCCACAGAUUCCUCCCUUCACCCUGGACCUGCUGCCUACAUUGCCCAUGAUGCACCUCUCUGUAACAUUUCAACUCCAACAGAUGCAGGAUUCACACUGUCAAACAUUUGCAUUUAAUGCAACAUCUGGAACCACAGUGGUCCUCACAACCACAGAAGAACAAAUGAAAUAUGUGUGUUUGUCCACAGUAGAACCAGUAGAACCAAUAGAACCAGUAGAACCUGCUGACAAACAUGACUGUUAAAAACAAACUGAUCAAUAAACGCAGUGAGAAACCAAUCAGUCGACUGAAACAGAAAUAAACACUGAUCGACUGAAAUCAAUAGUUUGA